AUGAGUAUGGUUGGUGAGUUGAGUUAUUUCCUUGGACUUCAGGUAAAACAAACUGAGGAUGGCUUGUUUAUUUCACAGUCUAAGUAUGCAAAGGAUUUAGUUAAGCGGUUUGGGUUAGAUACUACUAGACCUGACAUUGUUUUUAGUGUUGGAGUGUGUGCUCGAUUUCAGGCAAAUCCCAAAGAAUCACACUUAAGCUCUAUUAGACACAUCAUUAGAUAUGUGAGUGGUAAUGUUGAUCUAGGGAUUUUCUAUUCUAGAAAUUCUAAUCUUGAUUUGGCUGGCUACUCCGACGUCGAUUGGGCGGGGAAUGCAUAUGUUAGAAAAAGUACUUCAGGGGGUUGUUUCUACAUGGGUAGCAAUCUAGUAGCCUGGUUAAGUAAGAAACAAAAUUCCAUAUCCCUAUCCACGGUAGAGGCCGAAUACAUAGCAGCUGGAAGUUGCUGCACUCAGCUUCUCUGGAUGAAGCAGAUGCUGAGUGAUUAUGGGAUUAAUCAAGGGACCAUGACUGUUUUCUGUGAUAAUACCAAUCAUGUUUCUACUGACAACCAAUUAGCUGACAUACUUACGAAACCACUAGAUGGGAUGAGGUUUGAGUCGCUUCAGACGGUUGUUGGUAUUUGGUUGCCUAUCUGA